CAGCAUGCCGUCCCCUAAAAUCCUGUAGCCUCAGGCCCGGGCCUAGGUGGCCUUUCCGAAAAUCCGGGCCUGGUGCCUCCCCCAGCCCAGCGUCAAUGAAACAGCACAGAAGGUCUUUUAGCAGAGUCUGAGGGUCGAGUCAAAGCAGGUUCACGGGGCUAGGGGAGGCUUUGAGGGAAAAUAUUCUAGGUGCAGCAACUACUUGAUACUGAUAUGUUCCUAUGAUUUUUAUAGGUAUCGCUUUAAGGUAUGGGUCAAAAGGCUGGCUGCUGUUAUACACUUGCUUUUUACAACAGGGGUAUACUAUUUCUAUAGUAUAUGACAAUUAGUGUUUAGUUUGAACAUUUACUGAAUCCUCCAAGAAAAGAUUUGGUGCAUUCCUAAAAAAUAAAUAUCAACAUACUUGCUGUAUUUGCAAUAUAUAGCUAUAAUUUGAUUCUAUUGAAAUUACAGAUAAAACCAGUGCAUGGGCAUACAGUUCUGCUGUUGAUCAUUACUACCGUUUUGCUGUAUAAACAAGUAGGAUCCAUGCUCACCAAAAUAGCAGCAUUUCAAUUGGUAAAACUGGACUAUAUUAUCGUAUAUACUGUAUGGUAGGUAAGUGGUUUUCUGGUAUCAAACUCUGAUUAACAACCACCACAAAAUGUCACUUUUACAUUUAAAAACCCAAUAUAUUUUAUUUUACAAACAUAAAAAUGCAUCCAAUGGAUGUUUGUAGAUUCAUUCAUUCUUUACAACAGAAAAACUACAUUUCCCAGAAUGCAUUGCAUGGUGGUAUCAUCAUUAGGCGACCAGGAAGUCAGCUAGAGAGAAUGACAGAAUGCAUGCAGAGGGAGCUUUUUAGAGUGGAGUGGAGCCGAUGAGCUGAGUGAGUUAUAAAGCCAUCUCAUCAAAAUGCUGGUGUUUUUCCUUGCUGGCCUUGCUGUGCACCUUGUGUUUUUUGCCUCAAUAUUUGACAUAUACUUCACUUCCCCACUGGUUCAUGGGAUGACCCCACAUAGUACAAGCCUGAGGUCUCCUGCCAAACGCCUGGUGCUCUUUGUUGCUGACGGCUUGCGGGCUGACACUUUUUUUGAAUUAGUAGAGAAUGGCACUUCUAGAGCCCCUUACCUCAGAAAUAUAAUAGAAACCAGAGGCAGCUGGGGUGUUUCUCACACCCGAGUUCCUACAGAGUCCAGACCAGGACAUGUGGCACUUAUAGCAGGAUUUUAUGAGGAUGUCAGUGCAGUUGCAAAAGGGUGGAAGGAAAACCCUGUGGAGUUUGAUUCUGUGUUCAAUGAAAGUAAAUUCACUUGGAGUUGGGGAAGUCCUGACAUUUUACCCAUGUUUGCAAAAGGUGCCAGUGGAGACCAUGUCUUUACUCAUUGUUACUCUGCUGAAAGUGAGGAUUUUGCAACUGCAGAUGCAACAAAAUUAGAUACUUGGGUUUUUGAGCACUUGAAGGCUUUCUUCAGUUCUGCCCGCAGUAACCAGACGCUGUUUAAGAAACUGAAUGAAGAAAAAAUAGUAUUCUUCCUUCAUCUACUAGGGUUGGAUACAAAUGGCCACGCACACAAACCAGGUUCCAGGGAGUACAAGGAAAAUGUGAAAAAAGUUGACGAAGGUAUCAAAGAAAUGGCUUUACUGUUUGAAGACUUUUAUGGAAAUGAUGACAAAACAGCUUAUAUCUUCACCUCUGACCAUGGGAUGACAGACUGGGGAUCUCAUGGAGCUGGACACCCAUCUGAGACUUUGACACCUUUAGUUGCUUGGGGAGCUGGGGUACAUUAUCCAAGGAAAGUUCAAGAACAAUAUGAACAAGAUUCAAAAGCUUGGAAGCUAGAACAUUUGAAGAGAAUUGAUGUUAACCAGGCUGACGUGGCACCAUUGAUGGCAUCAUUAAUUGGAAUUCCAUACCCCCUGAAUUCUGUGGGUGUCCUUCCUGUGGCAUACCUUAAUAACAGUGAACUAUUCAGAGCAGAGAGCAUGCUUACCAAUGCACUUCAGAUACUGGAGCAGUUCAAGGUAAAGAUGGCACAGAAAAAAGAAACCACCCUUUCCUUUCUUUUUUCCCCGUUUAGUUUGCUUUCCGAAUCUAAACAACUUGACAUUUUGAGAAAAACAAGAUCUCAAAUCCACAGAGAAAAUUACAAAGAAGCGAUGGCAUUGUGUGAAACCCUUAUUGACCUAGCAUUAAGAGGACUGACAUACUAUCACACGUAUGACCGAUUCUUCCUUGGCAUAUGUGUUUUUGUUGGUUUUUCUGGAUGGAUUUUUUAUGUCAUUGUAGUAAUUUUAAAAACAAAUACUGGCAUUACCAAGAAAUCAUCAAGAUUAAACAAGGUAAAAUCAUCUGUUUCUGUUACACAGUAUGCAUUCUGUGCUAUGGGGAUUUUCAUCACCAUCUUUCUCAUAAGCCUGUCUUGUCCUUGGACCUACUACGUUUACUGCCUGUUGCCUAUUCUUGUAUGGUAUGCUGUAUCUGAAGAAUGGCAUAUUCUUAUAGAUUAUCUGCAAUCGAUGUCACCUUUAUUGAUUGUGGGAUUUCUUACUGUUACCUUCAUGAGCAUUGAAAUAUUGGUCCUCAGCUUUUUCUACCGGUCAGUUCUCACCGUUGGUCUAAUUGCCUUUGCAUGCUGGCCAGUGGUAAUGCAAAUAUGGACUCAAGCUAAGAUAACAACUUUGAACUGGUUUUUCUUAUGCUUGCUGCUGGCAGUUUUCCCCUUGAUGCCUGUCGUUGGAAAGGAGCCUAACAUCACUCUUGUCACCACAGCUGGACUGCUAGCUCUUCUGAUUUCUCUUGCCUACCUUUGGGUCAUUUAUAGCAGGAAAAAUACAUCCAUUGAAAAUAUGGAUAUAAUGAUGCAUAUCUGCCAGAUGCUGAUACUCGCCUUAGCAAUUUACAUUGUGAAUACUACCAAUUCCAGUCUAGCAGACAAACAUGGACUACCUAUAAUUAACCAAUUUGUUAGCUGGACAACACUAGCCUCUUCCUUGGUUGUUCCAUUAUUUUCCACUACAGCUCUGUUCCAGAGACUCUUGUCUAUAUUUCUUUCACUCAUGUCCACCUACCUUCUUCUCAGCACUGGGUAUGAAGCACUGUUUCCUUUGGUGCUUUCUAGUUUGAUGUAUACCUGGAUAUACAUAGAACAAGAAACCCUUGUUAAGUAUGGACUUUCCUUCAAAUACAUGCUUAACGGUAUUGACUUCUCCCUCAGCUCUGAGAUAACUCAGUCUCGACAGCUGAAUCUGGAUGACAUUCGAAGAUCUUUUUUCUUGGUCUUCUUUAUUAUCACAGCCUUUUUUGGUACUGGAAAUAUAGCAUCUAUUAACAGUUUUGAUCCAGCCUCUGUAUACUGCUUCUUAACUGUAUUUAGCCCCUUUGUGAUGGGUGGUCUGAUGAUGUGGAAGAUUCUCAUUCCUUUCAUUUUGGUGAUGUGUGCAUUUGAAACAGUUCAGAUCUCAACCCAGAUAUCCUCAAAAAGCCUUUUUCUCAUUGUUCUUGUGAUAACAGACAUAAUGUCUCUGCAUUUUUUCUUCCUGGUUAAAGAUUAUGGCAGUUGGCUGGACAUAGGAACAAGCAUCAGCCAUUUUGUCAUUGUGAUGAGUAUGACCAUCUUCCUAAUGUUACUGAGUGGAUUGGUGCACUACCUUACUACAAAGAAAAUAAUUCCUUGGAGAAAGCUGAAGCACCAUUCAACUUGAGGUCUUGAAUACACUGUGACUGCUUUAAACAUGAAUGAUAGCCAAGAACUGCAGGCAACUAAACCGAUUGGAUCAGCAAUUCUGAAGAGAUGUUGUUCAUUGAUUGCUUUUUGUGUAUUUGCCAUUUAUGGCGGAGAGACACAUUUAGGGGAUUAUUUAUCAAAAUCCAAAUUCAUCUCAUUAUUUUAUGAAAUAUACUCUGACCAAAUCCGCAUGGGUUAUUUUCCCCUUAUAUAUAAAUAUAUUUUCCAGAAAAAUUCCAG